AUGGAGCAUUGCUCCAAUUUAUAUCCUCAGUAUUUCACAUGUAAUGCAGAAAGAUGUAAAAUCGGUGAAAAUACAACAGCAAUUUGCCAUGUAAAUAAAUAUGCUGUUUGUUCAGGUGAAAAGAAUAUAACAGUAACAUUACCAUGCUAUCAGUGCUGGCAGUUACCUGAUAGCGAGCUCCAUUGCGGAUUUCCAGAUAGAUGUACUCCUUCAACUAAACCUCAAAUCGGAAUUUGCUCAGUUGUAGCUACUUCCCAAUGUCUGGGAUCUCGGUCAUUUAGCUCACAAUUGUUUUGCCAAACCACAACAGGAUAUUCACAUGCUACUGCAGUUGCAAUGUCAAUUCUCUUCGGAGGAUUUGGUGCAGAUAGAUUUUAUUUAGGAUAUACCGGAUUUGGCGUCCUGAAGUUAGCAACUUUAGGAGGUUUUGGACUUUGGUCACUAAUCGAUCUUAUUUGUAUAUUUACGCGGACUCUAAAACCAAUUGAUGGGUCAUUUUAUGUUUGA